CAAGAUGGCUGAGGGCAAAUGGGAAAACUGUCAAAAUUUGCCACCUGUUCAUGUGUACACACACGGCGGUGAUGUUUUAGCUGGGAUUGAACCCCGUAAAUCAAGCUCUUUAAAACACAAACAACAUUUGAUCGAUUUGUCAGAGGGUAAUCACUCGAAUAACAACUUCGUGAAUGGCAGAAUUCCUAACGAUAAACUUGUUCAUGACAUCGAUUAUGAAUUUGUAAAUGGUGGUUUAUUAAAUGAAGACUAUGAUUCGCUUGCUGGCAAUAAUAAAUCAGAAUUUGUAGGUCACGACGAUUUUGAUGACAGCCUUAUUAAUCUUAAAAGUGGCAGUACAGACCUAAAUGAACAUACAUUAGAAAAGAGAGACUUUUAUAACACGGAAGUAUUGCAGUCAACUGACAGAACGAGGACUGAUAAGAGACAAAGUGAAAUUGAUUUAUAUAAAGGCGACAAGCACGUUGCCAGUUCAGUGUUAUGUGAAUCAAAAUGUGUUAAGUCAAAAGCUAAUCACACGUCUAAACAGGAUCUAAAAACUAAUCAACCUAAUCAGGUCUCAACUAUAGGAAUUGAUCCAUAUGUUUCUGUUCGAUCUAAUAAUAAUGAUUCACGAUACCGUGUCGAGUUAAACAGGGAAAACGAUUUGUUGCUAAAUAACCAGGAUCAGGAUCAAAACGACGGAACCUCGACAGGAAACAUGAUGGAUAUGACAGAAGACGUACACUGCCACUUUGGCAAAAAGGUUAAAAAGGAUGUCGUAGCCAGAAAUCAGUUGGCCGCUGUGGUGAUUCUUUGUCUGACUUUUAUGACCGGUGAAGCUAUUGGUGGUGUUUUAUCCAACAGUUUAGCGUUAUUUACCGAUGUCCUGCAUCUAGGAAGUGAUUUAAUUAGUUUUUUGAUUAGUUUAUUAGCCAUUUAUCUCUCACAAAAACCACCGUCAAAAACCAUGUCUUUUGGAUAUCACAGAGCUGAGGUACUAGGUGCUCUCAUUAGUGUGUUUAUUAUAUGGUUGGUGUCAGGUGUGCUAUGCUACAUCGCAAUAGAAAGAAUUAUUCAUGAACAUUAUAAAGAUGUAAAAGCUGAUGAAAUGUUGAUAACAGCUGGUCUCGGUGUUGUUUUUAACUUAGUGAUGGCUGGUGUUCUACAUUCUGAAGCAUUCUGUUGCUCAGUUUCUUCACAUUCCAAAUUUGGUCAUAAUCAUUCCCACUCUGCUGGAAAUAGUCAUGGACACAGUCACAACCCGUCAGAGUAUCACCAGUUAACCAUGGUAGGCAACUCUAUGGAGGAUGACGAAGAAAUAAUUGUCCCAAAACAGAAAAAUAUUAACGUCCGUGCAGCUUUUAUACAUGUUGUUGGUGAUAUUAUUCAAAGUAUAGGUGUUUUUGUUGCUGCUUUGAUAAUUAAAUUUAAGCCCGAAGAAAAGUAUCGUCUAGCUGAUCCUAUUUGUACAUUUAUAUUUUCCUUAUUAGUACUGAUAACAACUAUAGCUGUCUUAAGAGAUACUUUACGCGUUAUGUUAGAAGGCGUUCCGAGAGAUAUAGGAUUUGAAUAUAUAAAAGAUCAUUUAAAAUCUAUAGAGGGUGUGAAGAUGGUUCACAGUCUCCAUUUAUGGUCAUUAACUCUAGGUCGUAAUGCACUGACAGUUCAUAUAGCUAAAGAUAAAGAGGUUAGCCAUCAACACAUCCUUCAAGUAGCCACAAAAAUGCUUAAAUCAGAAUUUGACUUUUUCCACAUAACUGUUCAGGUUGAAGAUUAUAAUUACGAAGCUAUGACAACAUGUGAUGAAUGUCUAGAACUACAGUAAACAGGAAGGAAUGUCUAGUACUACAGUAAACAGGACGGAAUGUCUAGAACUACAGUAAACAGGAAGGAAUGUCUAGUACUACAGUCAACAGGAAAGAAUGUCUAGAACUACAGUUAACAGAAAGGAAUGUCUAGAACUACAACCAACAGGAAAGAAUGUCUAGAACUACAGUAAACAGAAAGGAAUGUCUAGAACUACAGUCAACAGGAAGGAAUGUCUAUAACUACAGUCAACAGGAAGAAAUGUCUAGAACUACAGUCAACAAGAAGUAAUGCUGGGUUAUGGCCUGGGACUUCUAAGUGAUAUACAGGACUAGAAAUAUCGUUUCUAACUGUACCUGACAAAAUGUUGAGCACUGCUGAACUAGUACCUCAUAUUUGGAACUUUGUGACGGACAGGUAUGAAAGAUAUUAAUAAAAACACGGAAAACAGAAAGCCUGGAUUCAAAGCCCAGCUUAACCGGAGCGGAACCCUGAGUCUGACUAAAAUUGCGGGGCCUCUAACGCGGCGAAAAGAUUAUUUCAUAUCCUUUUUAAUGGAAUGCAUACGUAACACACAAUUUGUAACACACAAUUAAUCGGGGAUAGCUCAGUCUAUCCGCCCUCGUGCCGCUAGAUUGAUAACCGUGAAACUUUCAUCUGGAAUUUGAAUUUUUUCCCUUUUUGCCAUGAAUCGCGGGGCCCCCUAAACCGCGGGGCCUGGUCCUGGGCCCUUUAAGCCCAUGCCUAAGCUGGGCUUUGCCUGGAUUUGUUCCUGACAAUGGCUGUUGAUAUUUAUCUAUUGUUGCCUUACAAUCUGAAGACAUAUUUUUUUUAUACAGUGAAGAAUUGAUAAUUCUGGCUUGGCUUGUGAAAGUGGCCGUAGUUAUGAGUUAAAAAUCACUAUAUAUAUAUAUAAACAGACAAUCAAAAUACCAGAACUAUAUUGCCUUUACAUGUAUGUACAUUUCGUGGAUGGAGCUAGGGCUCAUGAUAUUGUCUAGAUUGAUUAUUUCUCAUUGCUCAGAAAUAUACUCAGAAGAGAAAAUUAUAUGAAGUCAGUGUACGUGCACACAAAGGAAAUUAACGCACACACAAAUUUGAGACCUUAUCAGAAUUCAAAAUUAUGGUUCUCACAAACUACUGCAUUGCUUUAACAGAGCUGAAUAACCAGCUUCAUUAAGCAUGAGAGAUAGGCAUCGCUAAAAUUAUCUUAAAACAAUUUUAAGUUUAUGUAUACAUUUACUAUUUUUACAGGAAUACUAUUUUUACACACACUGACCAUUAACAAUUUGAGUUAACAUUGGUGAUAGUGAUACAAGCAUACCACAUUUCAAUUUAUAGCUAGAACCAGUUGAGAGACACAAACUAAGUAAUUUUGGGACUAACAGAUGGAUCAAUUUUAUUGCAAUAAUUUGCUUGCAUGUAGGGGUCUUUAGCAAUGGGGAGAAACCGAAGGACCCGGAGAAAACCCACAAAGUAGUUAUCAGUUGAGAGAGAGAGAGAAAUGGAGUUUAACGUCCACUCGACACAAAUUAGGUCAUUUCGGGACUAACAUAUGGUUUAAUUUUAUUUCAAUAAUUCGCUUGCGCGUAGGGGUCUUAAGCUGUGGGAGGAAACCGGAGGACCUGGAGAAAACCGACGAGGUUGGACAGGCGACCCUACUCCUUGUCAUGUACAACUGGGGAUUCGAAACCACGCCAGUUGACAGUUAUCAGUUGAUUUUGUGUCCUGAUUUAAAACCGAAAGAACAACUGAUAUCAUUUUACUAUUGAUAUGGUUCAGGCAUUACUAACAUUAAAUUUAUUUUGAGCUCAAUUUAAGGAAUCUGCUCAAUUUUUUUUUUAAAUUAAGAAUCGACAACACCACAUUCCUUAUUACAGAUUUUUUUUCAGAGUUUUUAUGGUAUAAAUUUUGAUGAAAUAGAUAGCACAAUCCACAUGUUUUAUUUUUUAGAUUUUGCAUUUUCAUUAAAUUAUUGCAUUUAAAUAUUCUUUCAAGUAUUUUGAUAAUAUUUUGUUUCCUAUAUGAAAUAUUUAACAACAUUCAUACUUUUCUUGAAAUGACAUCAUGAAGCAGGUUAACUAUUCAUAAUAAAACACAAUACAAGGUAUGGAUAUAACUACUUUUCUAUUAUUUAGUAACAACGUUUCGCAUCACGUACAGUCACCUUUUCAAGUUAAGUGUAUGUGUUAUGAGAGAGGGAGAGAGGAAUGGGGUUUAACGUCCACUCGACACAAACUAGGUCAUUUCGGGACUAACAUAUGGUUUAAUUUUAUUUACAUAAUUCGCUUGCGCGUAGGGGUCUUUAGCAGUGGGAGAAAACCCACGAGGUUGGACAGGCGACCCUACUCCUUGCCACGUACAACCGGGGAUUCGAAACCUUGCCAGUCGACUCAAUGACAGACUUUAUGAUACAGCGCACGCGCGCACGCUAACCAUUCAGCCAUCCACCCCCCCCGUAUGUGUUAUGAAUUGUUGUUAUUAAAUAAUAGAGAAGUGGUUAUAUCCAUAUGUAACUUGUGUUGUGUUUUGUUAUGAAUAUUCAAAUUUCAAAAUAACUGGUUAGAAAUCCAAGAGAGCGAGAGAAAUGGGGUUUAACGUCCACUCGACACAAACUGGGUCAUUUCGGGACUAACAUAUGGUUUAAUUUUAAUUCAAUAAUUCGCUUGCGCGUAGGGGUCUUUAGCAGUGGGAGGAAACCGGAGGACCCGGAGAAAACCCACUCCUUGUGCCGCACAACCGGGGAUUCGAAACCACAGAAAUCCAAGAACUAAAUAAAACAGAUGACAGCUUUCUUUGGUCAUUACCCAGUUAAACACCUCAACACUCCUUUGCAUAAUCACUAAUCAAGUUUUGAAAAAUAUAAUUUAAAUAUAAAUUCUUCAAAUAAAAGUAUAAUAUAAGAGUAGGCCAUAGUGCCGCUGCUCGUGCAAAAUUUUCCUCAUGCUCGUCUUCAUUAGCCCAGUUGAAGCAGAGAGAGAGAGACAGAGAGAUUUCGGGACUAACAUAUGGUUUACUUUUAUUUCAAUAAUUCGCUUGCACAAAGGGGCUUUUAGCAGUGGGAGGGAACCGGAGGACCCGGAGAAAACCCACAUUCUGGACAGCGGACCCCGCUCCUUGUCACAUACAACCAGGGAUUCGAAACCACACCAGUUGACUCAAUGACAGACCUUAUGAUACAGCGCACACGUGCUAAUCAUUUGGCCAUCCAACCCCCCACUACAUGUGAAAUAUAAAUGAUAUAGGUACAACACUUUUUAUAUGCCCACAUUGAAAUGUGGUCGUAUAUUAUCUUCGCCCCCAUCCGUCCGACCACCGGCCGGACAUCCGGCGUCCACAAUUGCUUGUGGACGCUCUAGAGGCUAAAGUUAAUAUCCGAUUAACUGUAAAUUUAUACACAGCGUUCAAGGACAUGAGAGGAAGAAGUCUAUUGAUUUUCAACGAUUUCCGAUAAUUACUGCCAAAGUUAUGGCCCUUGAUCACUUUGCAAAUCUUGGGAUGCUUUAAAGGCUAAAGUUAUCAUCCGAUUGACUUCAGAUUGAUACACAGAGUUUAUGAUCUUGUGACGAACAUGUAUAUUGAUUUUCAAUGAAUUUUUAUACGUCCACAUUCAUAAUGUGAACGUAUUAUGCCGUCGCCCCUGUCUGUGUGUGUGUGUGUGUGUAUGUAUGUAUGUGUGUGUGUGUGUGUGUGUGUGUGUGUGUCUGUGGUUCGCCUACAGGGCGCAAUUCUUCAUGGAUUUUCUUCAAACUUGGUAUACUUAUUCCUUAUACCCCAAGGAAGAUCCCUAUUGUUUUUGGUGCAUGCCCGACCCCCCGGGGCAGAGCCACGCCCAUUUCUAGUAUUUGUUUGUUUGUCGUCUACAGGCCACAUUUCUUAACUAAUAAUCUUGAAACUUUGCAUACACAUUCUUUGUACCCUAAGGAACAUCCCUAUCGUUUGGGGUGCAUGCCCAACCCCCAGGGGCAGAGCCACGCCCAUUUUCUUUUCGUGUGUCUUUGUGUCGCCUACAGGGCGCAAUUCUUACUGGAUUUUCUUCAAACUUGGUAUACUUAUUCCUUAUACCCCAAGGAAGAUCCCUAUUGUUUUUGGUGCAUGCCCGACCCCCAGGGGCAGAGCCACGCCCAUUUCUAGUAUUUGUUUGUUUGUCGUCUACAGGCCACAUUUCUUAACUUAUAAUCUUGCAUACACAUUCUUUGUACCCUAAGGAACAUCCCUAUCGUUUGGGGUACAUGCCCAACCCCCAGGGGCAGAGCCAUGCCCAUUUUCUUUUCGUGUGUCUUUGUGUCGCCUACAGGGCGCAAUUCUUAAUCGAUCAACUUGAAAAAAUUUCAUAUAAAUUCCCUAUACCCUAAGGAUGAUCCCUAUUGUUUUUGGUGCAUGCCCGACCUCCAGUGGCAGAGCCACGCCCAUUUCUUUUAUUCAUUGUUUGUCAUCUACAGACUGCAUUUCUUAGCGUAUCACCUUGAAACUUUGCAUACUUACUCCUUCUAUCCUAAGGAACAUCCCUAUUGUUUGUGGUGAAUGCCCAGCUCCCAGGGACAGAGCCACGCCCAUUUUCUUUUUGUGUGUCUGUAUGUCACUUACAGCCUGCAAUGCUUAAUCGAUCAUCUUGAAAACUUUUUUAUACUUAUUCCUUAUACCCUAAGGCUGACCUCUAUUAUUAUUGGUGCUUGCCCCACCCCCUGAGACAGAGCCACGCCCAAAAUUUGUGUGCCUUUUGUGUCGCCUACAGGCCGCAAUUCUUAACAUUUCCUUUUGAAACUUUGCAUACCUAUUCCUUUUCCCUAAGGAUGCCCCCAAUUGUUUGUUGGUGAUUGCCCAACCCCCAGGGGCAGAGCGACACCCAUUUUUUCUUUGUGUCUCUGUGAGUUGCCUACAGGCCACGAUUCUUUAUGGAUUGUCUUUGAACUUGGGAUAUGUAUUCCUUAUAACCAAAGACGACAACUGCAUAUCACGACCCCCAGGGGCAGAGCCACGCCCAAUUUUUAUGUUUAUAUCAUUUACAGGCCGGAAUUCUGAAUGGAUCAACUUGGUACUUGGCAUUUGUAUUCCUUAUAGCCUAAGGGCAUCAACUAUUGAUUUUGGUGAAUGCCCCGACCCCCCGGGGCAGAGCCACGCCCAAUUUUUGCCUUUAACACCCAAAGGCCACAAUUCUGAAUGGAUUAUCUUGGAACUUGGUAUACUUAUUCCUUAUACCCUAAGGAUGGCAACUAUUGAUGUUGUCAUUUCAAUAACAGGAUGGUACCUAUUUAUAUUGUUUCCAUAUCCAACCCCAACGGGCAGAGCCAUGCCCAGUUUUUGUAUUUAUAGUCUACAUGCUGCAAUUCUGAAUGGAUCAUCUUGGAACUUUGCAUAUUUAUUCCUUAUACCAUAAAGACAGCAACUAUUUAUUUUGAUGCUUGCCCCGACCUCCUGGGGCAGUGCCACACCCACUUUAUUGUUAGUAUUUUUCUGGAUAUUUGGCAAAACAAACCCGACGUCUAGCCUUCUUUGCCUCUGAUCAUAUUACAGCAAUUUCAUAUUUCAUUCUCUUCAUUUUAAAAGGUACCAUAUAUCAAUCAAAGCUGGAAUGUGGACGUAUAUUGCAGCGUUAGCGAUGCUCUUGUUAUGAAAUGAAAUGAAAUGGAGUUUAACGUCCUACUGUUCUGCUCCUAACCUGGGCUAAUGAAGACGGGUGAAUUUUUAUGACUUGAACAACUAAAUCCAUGAUAUUAAAACAAACAAAUUCUAAUGGUAUUCUGAUAAUUACUUCAUGAGUUGUUGCUCUUAAUCAUAUCUUAGUGUAUUAUAAAUGUUUCAUUACCGAAAAAAGUAAAAAUAUGCACAACUCUUGUUUACUGCCCGGACGAUUUAGCUGCUGUGGACGUAUGUUUUAAUUAUUUCAUUUUAAAAAGUAGACUAGUUUUUUCUGGGCAACCUGAUAUAUUAUAAUAUUUGAAUGAACAUAUGUAGUUGUAAUAUUGUAAUUUCUAUUGAUGAUUUGUGUCCAUCGUGAUGUUAACGAUGGUGAUAUAAAUAUUUUAAUAUAUUGUUAUUGUUUGAAUAAAUAUAUAUAGUAUUGUGUCAAUGAAUAUAUGUUGAUAGUAUUUAAAUGAAUGAAUGAAUGAAAUGUAGUUUUAUGGCAUGUCAGCUCCAACAGGGCUAUAUUGCACCAAACAUGGUGAAUUGUAUUUAAAUGAAUAUGAAUUCUAUGGUAUAAAUGACUAUGAAUUAAAUGGUAUAUAUGAAUUAUAUGGUAUAAAUGAAUAUGAAUUGUAUGGUAUAAAUGAAUAUGAAUUAUAUGGUAUAAAUGAAUUUAAAUUGUAAUUUUGUAAUCUAUAUUGUAAUAUAUUUUUUAGUGUUUGUAAAAGUAAUAUAAUAUAUAAUCUAGAGACAAUAUUAAUUUAUAUAGAUUAAUUUGGCAAAGUAAUAAUUGGUCUAUUUGGUAUUAUAAAGUUUGUUCCAAUAAUGUUUUAGUGAUCUGUUGGAUAUUUUUGAUAUUUUUUCAAGAUAAGAAGAUAUGUGUUCAUCAUUUCUAUUCCAUCCCAUGCAAAAAAAAAAAUGAUAUUGAAACUUUAAAAGAGGACAAAAUGUUUGUCCCAGUGCUUUUGAUUCUUAAAAAAUACCCUGAAAUGUAUUCAUAUUGUAUUCUUGUAUUUAUAUUGUAUUAAUUUAUGACCAGAUCUUUAAUACAAAUACAAAUACAACUGAUAUUUUUUGUAUACAUGUAUAUAUAUAUGGGAUGGGAGAAUAUUUACAAUUAUUUCAAUAUAUAUAUAUAUAUUUGCAUUUAAAGGUUCAAUGAAAUCUGGUGUUUAACUGUAAAAGUGAUUUUUUUUUACAGUAAAUCCUAAUAAGAUAUUAGUUUUCUUGUUAUAGCCUUUAUUAUUUGUAAUAUUUUUGUUUUUGUUUGUUAGAAAAUCGAUUUUUGUUUGUCAUUUAUUGAAAUAAUUGUAAAUAUUCUCCCAUCCUGAGUAAAACCCAGUUGGUUAAUUCCAAACAUGUAACGCAUUGCAGUAAAGUAUAUGUAUUGCAAUACACAUCGAUAUACAGCAAAGUAUGUUUAUAACGUUUCACUGGGGACUGGCCUUAUUUUGACGUUAUAUAGUAACUGUAACGCACUGUUGUAAAGUAUGUGUAUUACAAUACAGGCCAAUUAUAACGUUUUACUACUGGAGGCUGGCCUUAUUUUGACGUUAUAGUAUAAAGUGUAACGCACAGCAGUAAAGUUAGGUAUAAUACACGUCAAUAUACGGUAGAGUAUGUUUAUAACGUUUCACUAGAGACUGGCCUUAUUUUGGCCGUAUAGUAAAUAUUUACAAACUUGUAACGCACUACAGUAAAGUAUAUUUAUUACAACACAGUCAUUUCAGCAUACAGUAAAGUAUGGUUAUAACGUAUUACUGGAGACGUUAUAAUAAAUAUUUGCAAACAUAUAACGCAUUAAAGUAAAGCACACGUCGACGUCAAUAUAAAUUAAUAUGUUUAUAACGUUUCGCUUGAGAUUGGCCUUAUUUUGACGUUAUUGUAAAUAUUUGCAAACAUAAAGCACUAAAGUAAAAUACACGUCAAUAGAAAAUAAUAUGCUUUUAACAUUUCACUGGAGGUCUUAUUUUAACGUUACAUUGAGGUAUUUACAUCAGUCACAAAUAAAUACUGUAAAAUAGUCCCAAUAAUUGGUAUGAUUGGUUUUAUUCGAUUAGCACAAUUCUUCGGCAUUUAGAAACUCUUAUUUUAAUCUUAAUUUACUUUCUUAGUAUCUGUAUAACUUUCAAAACAGAAAUGACCAAAAACCGUAUAAAUGCAUGUCCUUAUAAUAGGUGUCAGAUUUAAAAAUUGCGAUCUUCCGCAAAGACUAUGAUAUUCCAGGAUUCUUUAUAAAGAUACCGAGGCAGAAAUAGAGUCUUUUGUUCAUGGAUUCCAGAUUCUAUUCAAUCAGUAUGGUUACUUUGCCGCGCUAAAUUACUCCGUUGUAUAAUUACUGCUAUUGGAUUUUUUUUUUUUAAAUAGAUAUGUACAGAAAUGAAUUUAUAUAAAAAAUGUUUUGUAAUAUUUGGCGGCAAUGUCUAAUAAAAUUGGUAUAUUUUCAGC